AUGGAGUUUACAUCUCUCACAGACGGAGCAAGCCUCAAACGACCUUUACAUGCUGUGGACGAUUCAGGUUCUGCCGACAGAUCACCUACCCGGAUCAAACACUCCAAAAACAAUUACAAUGGAGGCCUCGCUGAGGCCUCGUUAGCUGAAGAACUGCUGCAGAGGGCCCGCGAUCGCAGGCGUGGAACUCAGGAGCGGCGAGAAGGCGACAAGCCCGCCGACAAGCCCAAGGCCCCUCGUUUACCCAAGAGGCAAUGCGCUCUCUUGAUUGGGUUUUGUGGUGCUGGGUACAACGGCAUGCAAAUCCAACCAGAUCCGAAAUUACGAACCAUCGAAGGGGUCCUCUUCAAUGCUCUGGUUAAAGUAGGUGCUGUGUCACAAGACAACGCUGAUGACCCAAUUAAAGUCAAUCUGGGCCGAGCUGCACGUACCGAUGCUGGAGUGCAUGCCGCAGGAAACGUCGUUUCCAUGAAACUCAUCACUGCAAUACCUGGAGUCGCCGACCUGAUUUCAAGAGUCAACGAAGAAUUGCCGCCAGAGAUACGUUUGUGGAAUGUCCUUCGCGUACAAAACUCGUUCAACGCAAGAACAACGUGCGACAGCAGGAAGUACACCUAUUUCUUCCCGUCUUACUUAAUGAUCCCGCCCAAGCCUGGCAGUGGACUAUUUCAAACCGCACAACAGAGCGAUGGCAAUGAGUUGAAGCAUACAUUCUGGAAUAACCCCGCUCCCGAAGCGACUUGGCAGGACGACUUGCGGAGAAAACGACAGUACCGAAUGCCUCCUGAGCAGGUAGAAGCGCUACGUGCUGCAUCCCGCAAAUUUGAAGGCAGUCACAAUUUCCAUAACUUCACUGUGGGGCGCGACUUCGGAGAUCGUAGUUGUAUGCGACACAUCAAAAGCGUUGAGAUCGCGGACCCUGUCGUCUACGGAGGCACGGAAUGGGUUAGCGUGCUCUUUCACGGACAAAGCUUCAUGCUCCAUCAGCGUAAAAUGAUGUCUGCGCUGGUCCUAGCUUGCCGUACAGGUUCGCCACCACAGACAAUAGAAGAAAUGUAUGGCCCUAGAACGAUUUUCAUCCCCAAGAUGCCGGCUCUUGGACUCUUACUCGAAUACCCCAUCUUCGAUACGUACACACGAAGAAUCGCUUCCGUGAACGAGAAUCUGCAGCCUUCCGAUCCAGAAUACAGGCAACCGAUUGAUUUUGAGGUGCAUCGCGAGGCCAUUGACCGAUUUAAGCAAGAGCAUAUAUAUUCCAGGAUGCGCUCUAUCGAGGACACAGAGGGCGUAUUCGACGCAUGGGUCCGCUUUAUCGAUUCAUACUCUGGCAAUGACCUAUUGUACCUCAAUCCCAAAGGCGUCAUCCCCGCCGCAGCAGUCAUCAAGAAGGGCGAACGAAGGGAUAACCCUUUCAGAGAAAAGCGUCGCUUCGAUGCCACAUCGUUCUCACAUAACGCAACUGACGAGGUGAAAUUGGACGAGGACGAGGAAGAUGAGGUAGACGAGGUAGACAAGUCGAAGUUGAUUGAUAUGGAAGGUUAG